GGAACACAGUGAGUAACCUGAUUUUCAUUCUACCUCCAAUCUAUGGUGCGAUUCAGACCUAUAAAGAUGGCCUUGAAAAACGGUAUUUAGCUGCAUAUUUGUGUCUUACAGCUGUGGGAUUAGGAUCUUGGUGCUUCCACAUGACCCUGAAGUAUGAAAUGCAGCUGUUGGAUGAACUGCCAAUGAUAUACAGUUGUUGUGUGUUUGUCUACUGCCUGUAUGAAUGUUUCAAGUACAAGAACACAGUCAAUUAUCCACUGCUUUUCUUGUUAAUAACAUACAGCUUCGUAGUCAGCAUAGUUUACUUAAAUUUGAAAGAGCCUGUAUUCCAUCAGAUCAUGUAUGGAACGCUAGUUUCCAUUAUAGUUCUACGAUCUGUUUAUAUAGUAUUAUGGGUAUACCCAUGGCUUAGAGGUCUAGGCUAUACAUCUUUAACUGUAUUUUUAAUGGGAUUUUUUCUCUGGAAUGUGGACAACAUUUUCUGUGAUAAACUGAGAGCACUACGAGAGAAGAUGCCUCCUGUUCUGGGAGCUGUGACACAGUUUCAUGCAUGGUGGCAUAUUCUCACAGGCCUGGGCUCUUACCUUCAUAUUCUGCUGAGUUUAUACACAAGGACACUUUUCCUGAAACACAGGCCAAAGGUGAAGUUUGUUUUUGGAAUAUGGCCUGUUCUUCUUGUGGAGCCGCCCAAGAAGCUUUGACUGAGACCUAGGCAGUCGCAUGUGAUCACCUAGCCUGGCUGAAUAAAGCAAUUCCACAGUUACUAUGGCUGAAGUGUCAAAAUUACGGAUCAAUUCAAGUACCAUUGCUAUAAAAGGACUUCUCUGUCUUACUAGGCCAGCUGGCCGGAACAGAGCAAAGAGUUGGCACACUAAGGAAAUAAUGUUUAGUACAGCUUUAUUCUAAGUUGUUAAAACAAAGAUUAAGACACAAUAUUUUUAUGUACAUAUUGUAUAGCUGAUGAUACUGAGCUAAUAUUUCGUGCUGGUCACAGAAAACUAACCAUUUUUGAAGUGGAUUGCAUAUGUUUUUCAUUCAGUUGUUCUUUCUGUGGUUUAAACUAAUAUUAGUAACUGAAUGACAAAAACAGGCCAUUGAUGGCCAAGCUAAGCAUUUGUGUGGCCUAUAGUGAACUGAAUGCUUAACCUGAACUACUUUAAUCUUGCACUUUUAUACAAUUAAUGAAGUAUGUAAUGAUUGAUUUAGGGCUUUAUUCUAUCUUGCUUUUCCACAGCUUCCUUUGCAAUUUAUAUUUUAAGCAAAACGGUUGGGAUACCUGUGCCAUAUAGUUCAUUUUGUACCAAGCUUC